GAUCGCCUGAGGAGCCAGGCGGACGAGACGGAGAAAGUGCUAACGGAUGCGGAAACGAAGAUGCUGUGUGGCAAGGGCGACCAUAAGAUGACUCUCCGCCGCCUACCACGACUACAGCAAGUUGAAGAACGUCAUUUGGACAUGACCGACAAGGAGAUCAUUAAGCAGGUGUCCACCCUGGGAACGGCAUUCGCGUGUACCUCUACCUCCUCGAGACCUACGGCAUGCAUACUGGCGGCGACCAUUACGUUGGCAUCGGCAUCCACUACUACAUCCACUGCGGCGCCUACUACGACAGCAGAUGAUGGCAGUUGGCACUGGCUCAUGAUGACAGCGUUCGUCAUCAUUGGCGUGGAAUGGAUGAUAUGGGGCUCGAUGCAGUAUUGGUGGUGGAAACUGCGCGACGCCUGGUUCUUUCCGCGGACUACCACGACAAGCUCGACCACAUCUUCGACUACGAGCAGCGACGAACCGGGCGAUGAGGCAUUGGCACCAGUUGCUAUGGAUGUUGACUCUGCGGCACUGGACGCUGAAGACAAGGACGAUGAAGUACUGCAGCUUACGGCGGAAGUGAGGAAGCUCACACUUGAAGUUGAGCACCAGCGCAACCUCCGGGAGAACGCCUAUCGCACGAUCGAGUAUGUCGGUAUGUUGUGCGACGUGCAAGACCUGCCGGAGAUUCAGGCGAUGCUGUCCGAGGCGCAAAGACUUCUCGGCUUCGAUCUACUUCAGGUCUGCCUACACGGCCCAGAGGGCAGCUUGAAGGACGACCUGGUGCCAGCCUUGGUCUGGCAGGUGGACUACUGGCCGGCUUGGAUUCUUUGCAUCUGGCCUGAAAUAGCCUGCGAGCUCGUCUUCUAUGUUUGGUACCGGCGAGCACUCAUGGAGGCCCAGGGGAUAAAGCCACCGCCGCUGGUCUCCGAGAAGGAUCGAGACUUUGUCGUCGAUAGGAUGGUUGCCCAUGCUGAAGAUUACGGCAUGUGGCGUCAGGUGCAGGGCUGGUUCCUGACAGAGGACCGAGACCGACUCCUGAGCCCGCAUGAGGUUGGGCGGGAUGAGUUGACCGAUAUGAUCGCUUGGGCGUUCUUCUACAAGAAGCUUGAGGACUUGGAUUCUGACGAGGUCGCUUGGACCGAGUUCACGUACGAAAAAAUCAGUUCUGAGUUUCGAAUGGAUGAGAAGCUGCGACCCGGCAGAACCGGGGCGGUUCCGAUCAGGCACACGCUCGAUGAGAUCCAUUGCAUUCAUCGGCCACUGCUCUUCUAUACAGUCAUCCGUGCCCUAGACUUCAUGCACGGUUGCCUUUUGAUGGCACGGGGCUUCAAGCGCGCACACCACCAUGGCCUCAGGUACUGGUACCGCCUGCGGAGCGGUUUCAAAGGAAUUCAUUGCUUGGAAUCCCCGGAGCAGCCGCUGAUCUUCUUCCACGGCAUCGGCUUGGGCCUCACUCUGUACAUGCCGCUGUUGCUGCGCUUGGGCUCUCCUGACCAGUUCCUCUUCGAACUGCCCUGGAUUUCCAUGAACCCGUUUGCAGCCAUCCCAUCCUCGAGCGACUACGCACACUGGGUGGUGGAAGUUCUGGAGCAGCACAGCUUGACGUCCUGCGUUGCACUUGGUCACUCCUUCGGGACCCUGCCCGUUGCAUGGCUGCUCCGGUAUAAGCCAGCAAUCAUCUCGCGAUGUGUGCUUGUGGAUCCGGUCUGCAUUUUGCUGAACCUGCCGGAUGUCUGUGUAAACUUCUUGUACAAGCGGCCGAGAUCACUGAUGGGUGCACUGCUGCGCGUUUUUGGCGCCAGAGAGUUUGGCAUUGCGCGAACCCUCAUGAGGCAUUUUUUCUGGACCGACAGCGUGAUCUUCCCUGAAAUGCUGCCUGAGGGUUCAUCAGUGAUCCUCAUGGGCAAGGACAAGAUACUGCCUGUGAAGGAUAUCUACACCACAGCUGCAAAGCUUCCUCAGCUGAAGACCCUCGUUUUAGAUGGCCUUGAUCAUGGACACUUCCUGGUUUGGCCUCGGGCUACUUCGCAAAUAGUGGAGCACGUUAAUGGUGGCGUGUCCAAGACACACUAA